UGAUGACCGCAUCGUCUACGUCACCCGUGUCUCGUUUGCAUCCAUCUCACCACCGCACUCACCAGGCUUGGAAGAGAGCAGCCACAGCAUUGAGCGGCAGGUCACAUUGUACUGCGCCUCUGAUACUCGACUGCCGCCCGCACCCCAGCACUUCUUGCCCGUCGCCGCCGGAGCGAGCGCGCCUGGAAACAGCAGAGGUUGCGUCACACAGCCCUUUUGCAGCCUUGUCAAUUGCCUUGUCUCAUUACAGAGGGGGCCAUUGGUUCACACAGCACGAAGCCCAAAGAAAACAAAGAGCGAAAAGAAAUCCAGAACAAAGACACGCGCCGUCGCUAAAGGGAAAAGCAAGCCGAGCGCAAAGCAGGAUCGCCCUCUGUCACCACAUCCCGGGAAACGCCAAUUCAGCCCGCAUCUCUCCUACGUCAUCGCAUACCAUGGCCGCCGUUGCGACUCGACACUCCAACAACAACUCACCGCACCUUGGCGGCAAGAGCAUGACAUCGUCGCCACGCUCAACUCGCAAUUCCCAUCAACCCUCAGGUACGUCGCCGUCGCUCGCGCCACGUGAUCCCCUCGCACCUGUCAUCCACCAUCCUCCUUCACUUCACUCCAUCCCCUCCUCCCCACCAAUGCGCCUCGUGGUGGCGAUUGCGUUGCGACACUCCAUCUCCCAUCUCACUGCCCCGUCGGCGCGUCGCUCUGCACCGCUCAUAAGCAUGCGCGCCGUCCAGUCGCUUUGCUGAGCCUUGAUUGAUGACUGCGCUGCAUUCGCAAGCCCUUCGCGCCGCCCGACCUCACGCUAACCAUCUCUGCGCAUCGCCAGACUCCACCGUACCUGCCGUC